AUGGGAAAAGUCUCACUAUCGCGCACUUUGUCAGUCAUUAAAAGCAUAAUGGUGUUCAUGAAUUUUCUUUCUUUGUUGGCAGGUCUAAUCCUUAUAGCAGUAGGCUUUUAUGUCUAUAGCACCGAGGAACAAAUUACGUACAUUACAUCCUCACCAAUGCGAUAUCACCUUCCAUAUGCCAUGAUAACAUUGGGUGGAUUGAUUUCGCUUGUUAGUUUUUUAGGAUGCUUUGGUGCUGCCAACGAACAGCCGGUUAUUCUAACCUUUUAUUUUGGACUCUUAUUCAUAUUGGUCAUCUCGCAAAUUGCCGUAGGAAGUUUGGCGUUUUCUUAUAGACAAGACGUUGAUUCAAUUCUUGAAAAAACUUGGUCUACAGCCUUUCAAGAGAACCCAAAACUAAUUAUCAAUCUUGAAAAAUAUCUUCAAUGCUGUGGAUUCGAUGAUAUAACUGACCGUGCUGUUCCUCCCAAUUGUUCUCGAGAAUUUAAAUUCGAUGUUCCAUGUCAUGAUAGCAUGCGAGUGGCAUUGAUGAACAGCUUGCAAACCAUUGGUGUUGUAGGGGUUGUCUUGGGAAUUAUGGAGCUUACAGGACUUUUGUUUGCUGCCGUGCUUUUCAUUCGUCUUUCUGAAACUGAGGAUGAGGCUAAACAAGCUCUGCUUGCAGAGACACGUUUAUUAGAUCAAGAAAUUGAUAAGACCUAUCAGCGUCGUAAAAUGUACACAACAGCAUAA